GCCGAACCCGCCCCGACCCACCAACCCCCGCAGAGCCGGGCGUGCAGUGCAACGGCAGCGGCGACCCGUCUCCUCGCCGCAACAACUCCUCGCUCGCUGGUCAUCGUCGUGCGUCUCCUCAUCCUCUCCCGCCUCGGGAUCCACCGGGAUUCGUCGUGAAUCGAGUGUAUGCAAUGGCUACAAGUCUUGCAAUGGACGAGUACGCAGAACCGGAUGUUUCUACGACGGACCCCGUCGACAAGAAGCCGCCUGCCUUCAGAGGGCUGAAGCAGUACGUGAGAGACCUAGACGCGAACACACUCCCUCCGUUCCUCGCCCGUCUGUGCGCUCCCGACAGGCCAUCCUCCUCAUACUCCGAGGAGGAGAUCCUGUGCAUCUUCGAGACCGCAGCAGAAGCUCACGGGCGCAGCAUCGUACCGCACAUCGGGCAGAUCGUCUCGGCCGUCGUCAGGAUCAUGGCGUCAGGUUCAAGCACCCCCUCGCAUUGCGCCGGUUGCUCCAAGGUGGUCUGCACGUUGUCUCGCUACUGCAUCGACCCUCUGGGCAGGGAAGAAGAGAAGUCCGAGACCAUGAGCUCCCUCUGCCGCCCCCUGUCAGACUGCCUGAUGCACGCCAACAAGAGCGUCUCUUCCGGUUCAGCUCUCUGCAUCGCUGCCCUCGUCCAGUCCAACAACUGGCAGUUUGCGUCUAACGAGUUGGUUAACGAUGUCUGCCUGAAAGUGUCGGGCGCUCUGGAGGAGGAGCCUCGCUGCCAGACUGCUGCUGUGCAUGUUAGAUUGGUGCUUGCUCUGGUAAAGCACAGUCCUCUGACGCUGGAGCCUUACGGACGGACGCUGAUAAAGUCGGGCUUGCAGGUACUGGAUCGUAGCAGCACUGAGGCGAGCAGUUCUCAGAUGAUCAUGUCGUCGAUUCAGAUGAUCCAUUCGAUCAUGAGAAGCGUGAACGUGAGGACCAUAUCUUCUGAGAUCAGUAGCAUCAUCCAUGCUCUGGAGCACUGCCAGGAGGACGGCUUCGCUCCAGAUAUCUGCGCCGCAGCUUCUCAGGCAGCCGAGACUGCUAAGCUACUACUAAUGAGGCAGGAGGAACGUGGGGCACACAGAAACGUUAGCCCUCUGGGAAACUGCAGCGGUGGGAACAGCAGGAAGGGGUCGAAUUCCCCUGUUGAUCGUGCGGGUAUCAGAGACAGUGGGUCUAGCGGAUCUCCUCGUGAGACGCGAUCUGUCCGUGGGUUUGACGGCUUCAACUCUCCGCUGCAAGGUGGACAACAGUGCACUGGUGUUCUUGGAGCUACGCGCGCGAGGCGCCGGCUUUGGAGCUGCGGAUCUGAGUUUUCGCAAGGGAUGUCCGACGAUGAGCGUUUCUUCCGUACCUGGGCACCGUCUGAUUCUUCUGAUCUCGUCAAGUCGAGCAGGAGGCGCUCUGAUGUGCUGGCAAGAAUCGGUGAUCCGUGUCCUGCCUGUUUAACGCCCCAGGCAGCUAAUCAGGUGUGCAGCAGACGGCAAGCGUUGUCGACUCCAAGGAAGCAGCUGCAGUCUCUGGCCUACUGCAGCGAUUCCGAAAGAGACGGACACCGCCGCCUGCCUCCAAGAUCAGCUCUAACGUUGUUUACGCAGCGCCCGGACCAUCCUUCGUUUCAAAAGAACUCUGGAUGCGAGGGAAGGAAAGGCUGUUGCAGCUCGACGCAGCAGAGGAGGAACCUCCAGUGGAGCACACGGACCGGGGACUCGCUGGCCGAAGACCUGAAGUUCGCCACAAGCAGCAGCAGCAGCAGCAGCCGGCGUUGUUGUUCUGACAGCGCACGAGCUCCUCCUCCGCCGCCGUGCGAAGAACGCCGAUGCGACGACGCUGCUGAACAUCGUCCGAAGGUGACUGGGAUCGCCAAGAGAAGAGAGACGAACCGUCGUCGGAGCACGGCUCGGUUUUUUAUCUGCGCUAUGGUGGUGGUGUUCGCGGCGGCGCUGUUGCUGGCUUGCUGGGAGCAGGACCACCACCCCAGUAACGAGCUGUACUUCGUAGUACCUACUUAGGCCUGGUUCGUUUCUGCUGGAUUGGUGGGUCCGAACGAUUUCUAACUGGAUUACUUUUUUAAUUUAUAUAAAUUUUGAUUAGUUGGAACGAUUCUAGGUGCAAUUCGACACAAAUGAAAGGCCUUAGCGUAUGCCUCCAUGUGAGUGUAACCGUAAGAUCUUACCUUUGUAAGAAAAAAGGAGGGUCAUUUUCG